CCAAACGCCACACACACACAUUUCCACCCCCAAUUUUCCCACUCUCUCUAAAAAUCAUGAAAUCAGGUCAUCAAAUUAUAUAAAAUAAAAUUUUUAGAUUUCUCCUCAAUUUCAACAAUUUUUCCCAAAAUGUCAACAACAGAACCACAACAACCACCACCGCCGCCGUCGUCGUCAACAACCACCGCCACGUCAGCUGCCGCCGCACUUGAUAAACCUCUUCAUCAGCUCACUGAAGACGACAUUUCUCAGCUCACUCGUGAAGAUUGCCGUCGCUUUCUUAAACUCAAAGGUAUGAGAAGACCUUCAUGGAACAAAUCACAGGCGAUCCAGCAAGUUAUUAUGUUAAAAGCGUUACUUGAACCGCCGCAUGAUACCGAUGACAGUGGCCGGAAAUCGUACAUUGCGUCUCGCCACCAACAGCGAACCCUAACCGCCCAGAAAGGAACAAGUGCAGAUACAGAGAUCUCUCUUUCAGCCGAGGAAUCACCAGGUCACCGAAAUGAUACCGACAAGAAUGAUAUUUUGGGUGAUAAUGAUUCUGCUAAUGCCGAUCCUUCUCCUCCUCCUAUACAUGGGAUUGGUGGUGGGUCAGAAGCAACAAAAGGACAAAUGACAAUAUUUUAUAGUGGCAAGGUGAAUGUCUAUGAUGAUAUUCCAGCUGAUAAGGCACAGGCACUAUUGCAGCUUGCUGCAAGCCCACUUCAGUUUUCUCAGGAAGAUCCAUUUGAUGGAAACGUGUUGCAAGCUCCAAGCAUCAAUGUGUCCCCAGAUUUCUCUGCCAGGCUCUCGCCAGUCAUGCAAACAGUGAGAAUGGCAGAUAACCAUCAACUGCACAUACAAGAAAGCUACAUAUCACGUGAAGAGAACUCUGCUGAAUGUUCGGCAAGCAGAAAAGCGUCAGUUCAAAGAUACCUAGAGAAGCGGAAGGACAGGUUUAAGAGCAAGAGAAAAUCAGGAGCUGCAGGAUUUGAUGUAUAUGCAAACCAUCAGAUUGGGAAUCACAGCCUACAUGCUCAGUCGAGUAGGAGUGCCACUUGCUCACCACCUUCUCUCAGACCACCUAACACCCCUAAUGGGUUUAGCUAAGAUUGAGCCAUAUAUCGAAGAGUUCAAGUCUAUCUGCCAUCCUUGCUGACUAAAGGUUUGGACUUGCAAGAACCCAUUUCUUUGAAGAUGACGAAGGAUGCCAGAAACAUAAAGUGUUAAUUGAAGGCAGGUAUAUUCAACUUAAGAUAUAGUAGGCAUCGGUUGCAGUUCUCUAGUUAGUAGAGUGGAGGAUUCUUAGUAUAACGCUUUUGAGAAUGUUAGGAUUUUGAGGUGCUUCGUAGUGUUGUAUGUUUAUGUUCAUCGGCAAUGGUUUUGUAAAAUGUUGGUGGUUGUUUAAGGCAUUUGAGAGUCGUGCUGCAACACAAGCAAUAGAGUUCUCAAAGGGUAAAUCCGUAAAUAUCUUUAUAACAUGUCAUCUUAUAUUUUGUA